GGCAGUACGAGUCUCUCUUGUUGGAAGACCGCAGCAGGGUGACAUCGUCCGACUUUCACGACCAUCAUCGCCAUGGAGGAAUCGAGUAGUUGACGUUUCCUGUAACCUUCUCUUUUAAGCUUUCUUCCGUCUGAUCAUUACGCUCCUAAAGUGACCUGUCCGUUGCGAGUUAAUCGACUGGAGUUUCUUCUCUGUCUUUGUAAAAGAUGAAGUACAUCAUUGGUAUUGGCGGGGUAACAAAUGGGGGUAAAACAACCCUCACGAACAGAUUGAUCAAGAAUUUACCCAACUGCUGUGUGGUUCACCAGGAUGACUUUUUCAAGACACAAGAUCAGAUUGAAGUUGGUGAAGAUGGCUUUAAGCAGUACGAUGUGAUUACGGCACUGGACAUGGACGCCAUGAUGAGUACCAUCUACGCUUGGCUGGAGAACCCAGUGAAGUUCGAGCGGUCGCACGGUGUGAACAACACUUUGGAUGCGGAGAUAAUCCCAGGGUCUGACCACAAAGACGAAGGUGUUCAUAUCCUCAUCGUGGAAGGCUUCCUGCUUUACACCUAUGGACCUUUGAUCGACGUAUUUAACCAGCGUUACUUUAUUUCCAUUCCAUACAAAGAAUGCAAAAAGAGGAGGUGCUCAAGGAACUACACAGUGCCAGACCCACCUGGCUUGUUUGAAGGGCAUGUCUGGCCCAUGUAUGUCAAACAUAAGAACAUCAUGGAGGCCAGUGGAGUUGACGUAGUGCAGCUAGAUGGAACUAAGUCAAAGGAGCAACUUUAUAAUGAGGUCUAUGGAGAUGUGCAGAACAAGAUACAGCAACUGCUCUAGUAAACAAAGGUCAUACAAUCUGCAAACAUUAUGGAGGAUAUAUGCAGGAAAACACCACCUUGCCUUUGUUAAAGUGGCAGCUCAUUUUAUUGAAUACAAAUGAUCAGCUAAAACUUGUUGUAAAUGAUGUAUUCAUUGGCAUUAUAUGCCGGCUUGCAUUUUAUAUCUAUUUAUUGGAAGUUUGUUGCUUUGUCACCUGCCAACACUUGUGGACAAAUUAAGUGCAUCUAGCUGAAAACCUGUCAAUAAAGUGACCCUCCUGCAGUA